AAAAAUCCAUCUUCAAUCAAAUAAGUGAAAAAAAAAUGGAGAAAAUUUCAGCAUUCUUCGUCAUUCUCUUCCUUGUCUCGUCGUGCUUGGUGACAAUGAGUGUUGGAGAUAUAUGUCAAACGGAUAGAGAUUGUGUUGAGAUUGGGAUUCCAAGAUGUAAGAGAACAGGAAAGAUGCCGAUUUGUUACAACGGAUAUUGUUGUUGUAUCUGUUCUGCUAAAAGACUUCCUGCUUCUACUACUCGAAAACCUCCUUCUCCAUCAACCUCAAAAUUAGUCUGAUCUGAUAUAAUAUAUUUAUGCAUGUUGCUUUUAUUUUAGCUGGGAUUAAAGUAGUUAAUUAGGACUACUUCAUUACUUC